AUGCAAGUAUUAGGUUAGGAGACAGAGUAUUGCAAAGUAAAUGAUAAUUAAAAUUAAUUAGUUGUAAAAUUAGGAGAAUAAUUUAAUAACAAUAGCAAAAAAUGAAAAUUAUGAUUUUUAUCUAUUUGACUAUGUUAUUGCAGAUGAUCUAACUUAUAAUUUUAAAACUGAUUCUGCUUCAUUAUUUUCUCCUCCUUUUUAAUUUAUGAUGAAAAAAAAAAAAAGUGGAAUUUUGAGUGAUGAUGUUAUUGAAAUUAUUCCAAUAUUUGAAAAUAAUUACAACAUACAAUAUUAUUAUUGCUUUUCAAGAUCUAUUUAGAAUGAUUAAAUAGUUUAUAGACUAUAUAAAUGUAAAUUAAAUACUAAAAAGGAGGAUUUAAAUAUUGAAGUUGAAUUCUUUAUUAUAAGAGAUCACUGCCAUUAAAUAGGUUAUUCUAAUGGCUAUUAUUUUAUUACAUGUUAAAAUGUAGAGACAAAUUAACUAGAAUUAAUAUUUUUUCAUCCCAAAACUAAAUUAUAUUAAACUAUUUUAAUAAAGGAUGUUAUAGUACCUCCAUAAUCAAAAGUUAAACUUAAAAUAUCAGGUUAAUAUUUUGGAAUUUUGAUUAGUAAAGGGAGAAUAGAAAAUAAUGAAUAUAUAUCAGAAGAUUCUUAACUAUAUUUCUUUUUUGUUACUAUAUAAAUGUGGAUAAAAUAAGAAAGUUAAGAAAAAUUAGUGUUAUAUAAGUAAUAUUAAGUACUAAAUGAACCUAAUGAUUAUGUUACUGAUUUUGCAAUAUAAUUUGAAAUUGGUAAACUUUAUAUUGAUAAAAUUAGCAUUCAUAACAAGAUUGAAAAGAGGAUUAACAUUUAGAAAUUUGAAAAUAACUUGGAGUGAUGAAAUUGAAAUUUUACAAUUAAGAUAAGACACUUAUGGAAUUCAUCUUCCAAAACAAUAGACUGAUGUCUCUACUACCUAUUACUUUAUCAUGUUGAUGAUAUGGGGUAAGGAAUCUAUACUCUUUAUUUCAUUAAAAAUAAAUAAAGAAUAUAGUCUUCAAAAAUAAGGUGAUUUUAAAGGUACUGCACUUUUUGCUUAUUAAUUAAAACCAGAAUAAGCAUUUUAAAGAAAAGUUGUAUCUUCUAAUCUUUAUAUAGUUUUUUCAAAUGAUGAAGAAUUUUCUAUUUUUUCAAUUGAUUUUUCUAAAUCGGUAUUAAUAAUAAUCAUUUACUAAGAGUAUGUAAAAUCAAAAUUUUUUGUUCUUAAUUUAGCUUUAUCAAUACUUUUAUAUGAAUAAUAAGGUGUUGUAUAUACUUUAGAAUUAGAAUUACCAAAAAUAGAAAUUGUAAAUCUUACUGAAAUAAAAGGUCCUUAAUUACUUUAAAUAACAGCUACUACAUUUGAUAAGUAUUUUGAUAAAUUUUCAUGUCCUAAUAUCAAAACAUACUAUUAAGUUUAAGAAUUGAAUGUAAAUUCUAUAUGGCUAAAAUAAUAUAUAUAACAAAAUUAAAAUGUAUUCAAUUUAAAAUAUUCUAAAAUUGAAUUAAAAAAAUAAAUUGAUUUAAGUAAAGUAUUUUUGGGUUAAGCCUUAAAAAUAGAGGAAAUUAAUAUAAAUAAAUAAAGUAUGUUUGAAGCAUCAUUCACUAAUAUUAUAUCAUAGUUAGAUUAAAUAUAAAUUCAAAAUUUAAAUUUAAAAAGUGUUGAUUAUGCAGCUACUUGCCUUUAUUCAUAUCCAUAAAAUGAUAAAAAAAUCUUUUUAUUUAAAAAAGUAUCAGUUUACCUUUUUAUAAUUUAAUGUUAUUAUCAAACUAACUAAUCUUGUCACCUAUACCAGAUACUUACUAUUCAAGAUAAUAUUAUUUAAGAUUUUGGUUGUGAAUCUUUUGGUAAUGCACUUUAGAUUGUUAUUAUUUAAAAAAUGAAGUAUGGGUUAGUUGGAUACUUUGUAAGUGUUUACCUAUUAAUGUAGUAUAAUAAUUAAAUUUUAAUAAAUGAAUCAUAUGAUAGAUUUUAAGAUAGUGAAGGAAAUAUUCUUUCUAUAGCAAUAUAGCCAAAAAUUUUGAUUUUUACUCGGGUUGUGAAUGAUAUUUAUACACUUAAUGUAUUAUUACAUGAAAAACAUGAAAUGGAGUUAAGUUAGGAAUUAAAUUGUUACAAAGUAUUUGAAAUUGUAUGUAAUUUUUAAAAUUACCAAGAUUUGCUUUUUAUUCCAAUGAUAAAAUAUAAAAAUUACAAGUAUUAUUAGAUGAUUGAAGUUUAUAUAAUUCAAAACUCUUCUAAAUUUUAAUAUUUAGGAUCUAUUAAUUUAGGUUAAACUAAAAAACCAACUAAAGAAAGGUUGUAAAUUGAAUUAGUUAGACAUGGAAUUAUUAUUUUAUAACUCACUGAUAUUUCAUAGGAUGAAUAAAUCAAAAAAUUAAUGUAUAUUGAUUCAUAGGUUUUCUUUAGAAAUUUUAUUAAUAAGCAAAUAGAUGGAGAAAUUUCAAUUAAAUAAUUUAGACAUAAAACAUUUCCAACUUUCAAUCUUAAAAAUAUUAACAAGAUUAAAACAUCAGAAAAAUUCUUAUAUGUAUAUGGUAGUGAAAUUGAUGUACCUGCUUGUAUUUAUGUAUAUCGACUUUAUUCAAAUUAAAUGGAUAGUUUGUAUUAUAUUAUUAGAACAGAUUUAGAAAGUUUCCAAGUUUACAAUGUAGUAAGUAUAUAAGAAAGGGAUUUAAUUUUAAUUUCAUUUAAUGAAUUUAUGGGGAUAUAUUUAAAUCAUUAAAAAAUCAUAACAAUAACAAAAAAAUACCUAUCAAAUAAGGAUGGUGAUUAUGCUGAUGAACUUAUUAAACUUAAGAUUAAACCACUUGGUUCAAAAGAUGAGAACAAUAUACAAGAUUUUUACAUUAAGCUUAUUUGUGGUGAUUGUGAAGGAGUUAAUGGUUCAUCUUGAU